AUGGAACAUUAUAAUUAUGCUGGAUUGAGUUCCGAACGUUUGGACCAUUUAAAAAAUCUUGAUAUCAGAAAAAGAUCUGUAUUUAAUGGAAAUAAUUUUUCAUGUGGUAAUAACAUUUAUGAAAUUUUGCAUAAUUGCCCUAAUGAGAAAAAACAUAUAGCAGAUGAAUGUUUUUUAAAAUACAAUCGCAAACACAGAAGCAAUGAUAUGAAUUAUGCAGGUUUGCAAUCAGAAAUUAAAAAUGAUAUCGAUAUAAGAAAUAGAAGAGUUAAACAUGAUAUAAACAACCAUGGGGGAAUAUUAAAGGACAUUAUACAAAAUAAUGUAAGUGGUACAGAAUUAAAUGAUUCAAAACGUUUUUUUUCUGACAAAGGACAUGUAUUAACACCGAAAAGAGCAUUAUCUAGGCAUGUUAAUGAUAGUGAAAUCGAUAAAUAUUUUUCUACGAAAUAUGCGGUAACAGAUAAAUCAAGUGGUAGAACAGAAAUUAUGGUGGAAAGAAAGCCUGGUUGUUCCAAUAUUAUUGUUCAAAACUUUUCAGAAUUUGAUGCAUAUGCAACUUAUAAAAAACAAGAUGCUAGAAAAAACAGAAGGGACUCGUUUGUUCAUACCAAAAUGGGAAUAGUUCCAAGAGACGAUGCAUCCAGUACCAAUAAGAGCAGCAAAGCACAAGCCAUAUUUACUGACAUUCAUAGAAGUGAUAACAUAGCUCCAGAUAAAUAUUGGCUGUGCCCAACAGUUGAAAGUGAAAAUAAAAAUAAACUAAAUAUUAGAUAA